AUGGAGGGACUCACAUUUCCAAAUGACUGGCGGACGACUAUAACAGAGUUUCUGAAGUCAGGAGCAAUGUCGUCCGAUCGGUCGGAGACGCAUCUGCUCAGAAGGCGAGUUGGUCGGUUCGUCCUCAUCGACGACCAGCUCUACAAAAAAGCAUUCUCCAGGCCUCUGCUUAAAUGCGUUGGCCCGGAGGAUGUGGACUAUAUUCUGCAAGAGGUACACCAAGGCUCAUGCGGCGGGCAUCCGGGCGGUCGCUCGUUGGCGAGGAAGAUUCUUUUGGCAGGCAACUUUUGGCCAACUUUACAGGAGGACGCCGCCCAGACAGUCGCCACAUGCUUAUCCUGCCAACAGUACUACAAUUUCUCACAUCGUCCCGCGGAAGAAUUAAAAACUUCCAUGGUGUUCUGCCCAUUCGACCAAUGGGGUAUGUACAUUGUGGGGACCAUUUCCAAUGGCGACCGGACAGCGAAAGUUCUUGCUAGUUGCAGUGGACUAUUUUUCCUAAUGGAUUGA